ACUCUUGGCUCUUGGGAGGUUUCCAUAGACAACUCGUCCUGACUCCAUUGGCUCCGUGUCAGCUGUCGGUGCAGCAUCCCAGGUCCUCUGCUGCGAGUUGGGACGCAGGAGAUGCUCCUUGCACGCUGCAGCGCUGCCUCCGGUUGUACCCAGCGCAUGAUGGCGCUGCACUGGCACCAGCGCCAGGUGCCACGGUGCCUCCAUGGGCACGUGGGCUCGUACAGACCAGGGCUGGCUCACGGGGCCCAGAGCACCCGGCAGCUCACUCACCGAUUGGGUUGGGGGGGGGAAACCGGUUUUGCUCUCCUGGUGGCUUCUUGCCUGUGGCCGAAGGGGUUGCGAUGUGGAGCCAAGUGUGCGGGUGAGGACCCCCCACCUUUGCUGCAGCCUCUCGGCGCAGGAAUGUGAUUUGCCCUUAAAGCGCUGUUUUGUGGGGAAUGUUACCUUUUGAAGAAGAUGGUUUCUUUGUCCUCGGAGGGCAGAGCCUCCUGUCCAGCUCUGCUGCUCACAGGUGCUCAGUUGGCAGCCUGUGCCCCAUCCCUCAGCUCCCAUCUGUGGAUGAGAGUUUUAUUGCUCGUUUGGGGUCUGUACAGGGAAAAAAAGCUGCAGGCUGACGUGGUUCAGAAAGCAGGUGGCUGGGCCGGAGCUGCUGCUCUGGGUUUACAGUUGGGCAGCGAGCACCUUUCCUGUGGUGAGGGGGGACCCCGGCGUGCAUGGGACACGUGUCCCCAUGCUGGUGCUGCUGCCACCUCGGCCAGUGGCCCCUCCGUCCUGAAGGGAUGCCGUCACUACCGUGUGAGAACAGCUUUCCGGUUGGUAUUUUUCCUGUCUGUUCUUUGUAAUAUCCCUUUUGGAGCUUGAAAAUAAACAACUGAAAGAAAAAAACAUACAAAGUGCUUUUUCUGUGGAUGGAGUGCAGUGCGGGAGGGUGCUGGGGAGAGCCGAGCCUGCUGCCCCGGCUGGAGAUGUCCCGGCUCUGGCGGGAGGUUCCGCCAGGACCUGCCGGUGUCCCGGCGGCGAUGCUGCGGUUCUCAGCAGCACCAGCGCUCCCCGGGGCGGGGGAGGGGCUGGCACCCCCUGCCCCAGAGCUGCCUGAGCGGGGCUGCCAGCUGGGGGCCCUGGCUGUGCUUCUGGUGUGGGGGCAGCCCCGACAACGUUUUCCAUAGGAAACAACCCUCCACAGAAAUAACAACCACCAACAAAAAGCCCUUGCGUUGCGGUUCUGGGCUUUCCCCCUGUUUUUAAGCAGAUUUGUGCUUUAUUUUGCAUUGGCGCUUUUCUCCUCCUUGGAACGGAAAUUCAACCCGGGCAGGUGAUGAGAUGCGGUUUAGAGAUUUUCGUACUGGGAACAUUUUGUACAAAGGAAUCAAAACCUUGGCGGUGCCGGCGGGUCCCGGGUGUGCGGUGUUCAAAUGCCAUCUAGUGGCACUGGGCACAGGGUGGGAAAUACAGCACCAGGGCAUUUUUGGGGUGUCUGUGGUGCGCUGGGCAAGGCUCAGGGUCUGGUGGGGACACUUGGCUUGUCCGGUUUUGCAACCAGAGAGCAACUCCAGGCGGCUUUGGAAGGGAACAGUAACAGCGAAAUGUUUAGUGCUGAUAAUGGGGAGGCAGUGACAGUGGGCAGGGUGCGAAACCCGCCAGCCAAAGGGUCCCGGGGACGUGGGACGGGGGUCAGAGCAGAGCAGUGACCCACAGGGAAGCCCUUGGCAUUGCAAAACAGCCCAAAUCCUGCUUUUCUAUACCCAAGAUGACAUUCUCUGGUGGAAGAGAGACACAUGCAGGGAGGGCGACCCUGAAGGAGGUCAGGCAGCAUCCCCUGCCCAGGCUGGGGAUCCCACCCGGCAAGGGGGGAAGCUGUGCACCCACAAAAGGCACCCAGGGCCCAACCAUGCCCCUGUGCCCGCCACGGGGCCCCCUUUUCCUGGGAUUAUUGCCGUGCCAGCUGCUCUCCCUGCCGGCCUGGCCGACAGCCCCUGAAAUCCUAUUACCGAGUUUCAGGAGAAAUAAAAAGUUAAUCAUCUCCUUCACCUGCUCUUCCUCCUCCGCGGGGCUGGUGGAGCUGGCUGAGCCGAUCCUGCUCGGCGCGGCCGGUGCCCGGGGAGCAGCGCCGGUGCCUGGGCAGGCAGCCGUCCCAUGCCCGCGGCCAUGCCGCUGCAGACCGAGAUCCUGCGGGAGGUCUGGGCUGCUGACAGCCCCAGCGAGGACCUGGGCAGCCCCCAGCAGCAAAAGCCCAAGCAGCACCAUUCUGCAGGGGCAGAAGGUGAAAAAGAAGCGGCAGGAUCCUGCGCUGGAGCCCGAGGCCAAGCCCCGGCGCCCGCGGAUGAAGAAGCUGGACGAGGCGGGCGCUGCAGAGGAGCCCCGUGCCCUGGCACAGGGGGUGAAGAAGCUGAGGAAAAAGAAGGAGGAGAAGGGGGAGGAGGAGAGUGACAAGGACCGCUUCUCCAAAUUCACCAGGGAGCCUCGGAAGAAGAAGGAAAGCCCGACCUCCCGCUCCCGUGUGGCCAAGGGCCCUAAGAAGCAGCAAGAGCCGGCCGAGGACUCAGAGGAUGAGGAAGAGGAAGAGGAGGUGGAGAACAAAGACCCACCAAAAAAGCUCAAGAAGAAGCUCCCCAAAGAGCCUCCCUCGGGCGAGAGCCGGGAGAAGAAGCUGAAGCCAAAGGGAGAGAAGAACGACCCCGAUGGCAAAGCCAAAUCUGCCAAAAGCACCAAGAAGGAGCCAAUGUCCAUGUUCCAGGUGAACAGGGAAAGGAAGGAGAAGAAAAGCAAGAAGAAAGCCAUCAGCACCAGUGAUGAGGAGGAUGAUUCUGACUCCAGCACCAAACCCAUCAGGUCAGAGAAGAAGAAAAACCCGGUGUCCCUCUUCCAGACUGGGGGGGAUCCCCCCAAGGAGAAGAAAACCAAAAAGAAAGGGGAGUCAGACUCUUCAUCGCCUCCCGUGCCUUGCCCAUUCCUGCCUGCAGCUCCUCCCAAAGUGGCUGAGAGCGAGGAGGAGACCCCAGGGACCCCGCAGAAAAACUCCAACAAGAAGGGGAAAGGGAAGAAAUCAAAGAAGGUGAAGGAGGAGAGGGCCCUGUCGCCGGUCAUCGAGGUGGACAACCUGGAGGAGUUCGUGCUCCGACCAGCACCACAGGGAGUGACCGUCAAGUGCCGGGUGACACGGGACAAGAAGGGGAUGGACCGGGGGCUUUACCCCACCUAUUACCUCCACUUGGAUAAUGACAAGAAGGUGUUCCUGCUCGCUGGGAGGAAACGCAAGAAGAGCAAAACCUCCAACUACCUCAUCUCCAUCGACCCCACCGACCUGUCGCGGGGGGGAGAGAACUUCAUUGGGAAAUUGAGGUCUGACCCGAGGAGUGUCGGGGGGCCAGGAGGGGCAAACAGGCUGGUCUGGUUCCUCCUGGCAGACAGGUCAUGGCUACAAGCAGCACCCAGCAAGUCCUGGCCUGCUGCACCGCCAGCAGCCGCACAGCGAUGCUGGGGGGUCCCUGUGGUGGCAACACCUAUAACACCCCGAUUUAGAGGUGUCCUGAACCCAUGCAAAUAGCUAAAGGGUGGGAAGACUGACUUUGGCCAGGGGCUGCGUACGGGCUUGGCAGCUGGGGCUGUUUCUGGAGGAGUGGGCUCAAGGGGGGUUGGCGGGGAUUCAGUGGCACUGGCCAUGGCCGUCUCCUAUCCUUGGCUGCAGAUCCAACCUGA